AUGGAUAUUGAUGGAGAUUCAGAUUCAGAAUAUUCAGAUACUUAUGCUACAGAUGAAGAUUCUGAAUAUGAACCUGAAGUGCCAAAACCAACAGAGGCCGACUCUGAAAGUAGCGAAGAAAGCACGGCCAUUGUAACAACUCCGCAAAGCAGCAGAAAAAGGGUCAGAAGAGAAAAAAGUUGGGCUUGCAAUCAACGGAAAACUAAAAGAGCCUUAGGUCUUGCUUACAAAAAUACAAGGGGAGUCCAGGUUUCUAAAAAGACAUUCGAAAUUCCUGUAUGCCAAUGUGGUAAUAAAUGCCAUGAAAAGAUUAGUGAAGCUCAGAGCGAAGCUAUUUUCAAAAAGUUUUAUGAUCUGGCUGAUUUCAAUUUGCAGACGGCUUACAUUUUUGGACAGAUUAAGGUUAUUAAAAAAACUCGCGUUUACACAGAAAAUCCAGAGAGUCGCCGCCAAUUUACUAGAAUUUACUAUUUGCCCAAUGAAAAUGGUUUAGAUGUAAAAGUCUGCAAGGACUUUUUCAAAAAGAACUUACAAGUUUCUGACGGUCGAUUAUCGAGGAUUUUAAAAAGCAAACCUGAGGGAAUACCACCAAAAGAUAAAAGAGGAAAACACCCUUCAGCGAACAAAACUCCCGAAGCCAAAGUUUUAGAAGUAAUGGAUUUUAUUAAACGCUUUCCAGUUUUUGAAUGCCAUUAUUCUAGGCCAAAAAGUGGCAAUAGAAAGUAUUUGGCCCCAGAUCUGAAUAUAACAAUAAUGUAUAGUUUGUAUAAGGAUCAAGCAGAAUCAGCAGUUAGUAGAUAUAUUUUUAGAAAUAUUUUUAAUACUCGUUUCAACUUGCAUUUCCACGCUCCAAUAACUGACAGCUGCCGAAAAUGUGACGAAUUUAAUAACAAGCUAAAGGUUACCGAAGGUGAGGAAAAAAGAAAUCUAGAGAUUGAAAAAGAGUUACAUUUGCGUAAAGCGGAGCUGGCUAGAUCAGAAAUUAAAAAAGAUGGAGAAAAAGCAAUGAUUGAAGAAAACGAAACGGCUGCCAUAGCAUUUGAUUUAAUGAAGACCCUUCCAACCCCUGUACUUUCGACAGGUAUUACCUACUAUAAACGUCAGUUGUGGACCUAUUGUCUAGGUAUACACAACCUUGCCAAAAAUACUGCUAUUAUGUAUGUAUGGAAUGAAUCAAUUGCUUCAAGAGGGCCGCAAGAAAUUGGAUCGUGUUUGUUACACUAUUGUAAAAAUUUUGUUAAGGAAAAAAAACUCAUUAUGUACAGUGACCAAUGUGGUGGCCAAAAUAGGAACAUAAAAAUGGCGCUUAUUUGCGACUUUAUCGCAACAUCGACAGAAUUUACUGUGAAUGAAAUAGAUCACAAAUUUUUGGUAUCAGGCCAUUCUUAUCUGCCUUGUGAUCAGGACUUUGGCAUAGUGGAAAAAGAGAAAAAGUUCCAUAAAGAUAUAUUUUUACCCGUCCAUUGGGUAACAGUUAUAAAAUCUGCACGUAAAAAAAAGCCUUUUCAGGUAAUUGAAAUAUCCGGAAAAGAUUUUUUUUCUACCAGAGUCCUGGAAAACAGCAUAACUAAUAGAAAAGUUUCUGAAAAUGGUUCAAAGGUAGAAUGGAUGAAAAUGCAAUGGCUUAGAUACACUUCUGAAAACAAGCACCGUUUUCAGUUCAAAUAUUCUAACUCAGAGGAUGUUUUAUUCAACUCUGUAAAUGUGUCAAAGCGCAAGGCAGGUAAUCAAGUUAAUGCUGUACAACUGCUGUUCCCAAAUGGUAGGCCAAUUGAAAAAAAAAAGAAACAAGAUCUUAUGGACCUUCUUCCUUAUAUUCCGCCCAUAUACCACCCAUUUUAUGAAGGUCUGAAAACUUCUUCGACAGCAGCUCAUGAACUGGCUGAUGAGCAUGCUGAGGGAGAAAAUUUUGAUACAAAUGAUGAUGAAAACGCUGAAGCCUAG